CAACGGUACAUUUAACGUGUCAGUAGAUCUUGAGAAAGCAUUUAAUUUCACGGAAUGUUCAAAUGUGACAAUCGAAUGCCACGAGGAACAAGCUAAAGGCAUGUUAGGAAUUUUUCUGAUCCAAUCAACGGUAGCAAUGGCGAUUAUAAUUGCAAACUUACUCAUCAUAAUUGCGAUUUGGAAAUCGCCCGAGUUAAAUACAGUUUCAGAUUACUUUAAAGGACACCUUGCCCUCACUGAUAUAUUGUUCGGGGUAUUUGUGCUGAUUAGAUGUAUACUUGAUCUUAGCGGACAACAACAGAGCAAAUAUAUGUGUUUGUUUUUGUUGUAUUUCGUCUUAACAGCCGGAGGAUGUACGAUGACUGGAGUUCUGCUACUUUGGACAGAGAUGUUCAUUGCCGUCAGGUACACCAUGAUCACGAACACGGUCUUUAAACAUAAAUUUGCACGUAAAGUAAUCUUGGGAGUCUGGCUUUUCUGGGGACUAUAUACUCUACUCAUCUUCGUCCACCCCAAUGAUUUGGAAGUGAGGACUUGUAACCUUGCAAACGGGUUGAUACGUCGAUACUUUGUCAUCACGUCGAUUGUUUCAUUCUACACACAUGUUAUAAUCCUGAUAGCUCUCCAGGCAGCCACAUUAUACUCAAUGGUGAAACACGUGAAUAAGCUGAAACAGACUGGUGUGGUUACAGCUAGGGCGUCAAACGUCAAAGAUAUGAUUACAUCGAGAUUUAAAAUCGAACCAACGAGUUUAUCUGUGAUGACAAGGAGAAGUACGACAGUUCGGCAGAAUGCUGACGAAGGACCCCUCGGUUCGGCACCUAUUAGCACACGACACCAAAGUUCGGCAACUAUUUUCACACAGACUAAACCUGGUUGUUCCUCUGAGAUCACGCCUGUUGAGGCGUCAACUGAUAUUAUCCUGCUGAAGAAUGACGUCCUCUCUAGCAAAAAUAAAGCCGAUGGGUCAGAAGAUAUGAGCACAUUAAAAGUACCAAUCGUAAGCAGACCACAAACGUGUGGCUUCAAAUCUGGAAUGGCCACCACCAACGACAGAAACAACCAACGCAACAUAUAUCGAAAUUGGAUCAAACGCAUAUCCUCCCUCAUUAAAAUGAUAACCGUUAUGCUCAUUUCGUUCAUUGUAUGCUAUUUACCACUUUUUACAGUCACUGUGGCUCAAUUUUUUGAUGUCAAUACCUCUUCCAGUAUCACGAUGAUAACUGCCAUUUUAUUUAUGACAAACUCCUUAACAAAUAUCGUUAUCUAUCCUACCUUAAGUAAAAAAUACAGGAUAGCGUUAAAACGUCUCUUAACUUGCAAAUGUGGACGCGUAACACAAACCCCUUAAUCCAUUACACCCAGCUAAUCCACCAAAAAAUUGAUGAACAUUUAUCGAGUGAUUUUAUUCCAUUUUCAUAUCUUCCCUCAAAAUAGAAGUUUACAAUUUCAUAAAUAGCAACGGCAUUAAGUGAAAUCGCCAAAUACAGGACGGGCCAAAACGCUGGGAAUCAAAGAAUCAAUUAUAGAAUUA